AUGUCUGAAGAAAACUGUACUGCAGUGACCGAGUUCAUUCUCUUGGGUUUCAUCAACCGUCCAGAGCUGGAGUUACCUUUGUUUGUGCUCUUUCUAUUCAUCUAUGUUACCACUUUGGUGGGGAACAUUGGCAUCAUUCUGCUCAUUCAGUUCAAUGCCUGCCUUCAUAGCCCCAUGUACUAUUUCCUGAGCAAUUUAUCUUUCUUGGACCUUAGCUAUUCAUCUACCAUUUGUCCCAAGAUGCUGGUGAAUCUGUUAGCAGAGCAGAAGACCAUUUCUUUAACUGGUUGUGCAACACAGAUGUUUCUCUUUGCUGCCUUUGCUGAUGCUGAGUGCCUCCUUUUGGCUGUGAUGGCCUAUGACCGCUAUGUGGCCAUAUGUCAUCCUCUUCUCUAUGCAGUUGUCAUGUCCCGCAGGGCCUGCACCUUCAUGGUAGCUGGGGCUUAUCUCAGCGGGGGUCUGACCUCACUGAUACACACGUUUCACAUCACGCUGUCGUUCUGUGGGCCCAACACCAUCGAUCAUUUCUUCUGUGACAUUCCCCCACUGCUGAAGCUCUCCUGCUCCAACAUACAUGUCAACGAGGUCCUUCUCUUUGCCCUGUGUGGCUUCAUACAAACCAGCACCUUCCUGAUCAUCGUUGCCUCCUACGCCUGCAUCCUUUGCACCAUCCUCCAAAUCCAUGCAGUGGAAGGCAGACACAAAGCCUUCUCCACCUGCACCUCCCACCUGAUGGCCGUUGUGUUAUUCUAUGGCUCCCUCCUCUUCACGUAUUUACGGCCUCGCUCCAGCUACUCGCUGGACACAGACAAAGUGAUUGCUGUAUUUUACACUGUCGUCUUUCCCAUGCUGAACCCUCUCAUCUACAGCCUGAGGAACAAGGAAGUAAGGGAAGCCCUAAGAAGAUCAACAGAGAGGAAAGUGUUUUCUCAGUCAUCUGCUUAG